GGGAGGGGGGAAUAAAGAACAAAGGGAUCAUAUAAACUAUGCAGGUCCAAUCUGCCCCUGCGAGCCCGGAUUGUGCCGCUGCUGCGCCCUAGCGCGGUCUGUGCCCGGGAGAGACUUGCACUAAACCCCGGUCCCCAGCCCCUGGCUCCAACCCCUGAGCUGGAGACUGCAGGUAAUUGAGAGAGACCUGGGAGAAAGUGCUGGCUGGGGCUGGGCAGGAAAGUGACUCUGCACAAAGGGUCCCGGGAGUCUCAGCUCUUGCAGCCCCUGGGAAAUAAUCUGUUCCCUUUGUUAUCAAUGCACCCGUGGGACGGGGUCUGAGCUGCACUGGCAACAAUGAAGCGGCUGCUCUUUCGCUCCAGGAUGCAGACUGGAGGUUCAGGUGAGAAGAGAAGCUGCAGGGGGCCAAGAACAGUUCCCAGAGGUGUUGCGAGGAAGGAAGAGAGGAAAAACGAGACAGAGGUGGAGGCGUUGAGGUGUGAAAGAAGAAAUUCCCAUCUGAUGUUCUCCAAGAUGCUUUCAAAGAGCGUGACACAAAAACUGGACACAAUACUCCAGCUGCCACAUGGACCAAGAGGAAGAGCCCUGUGUCCUGGACUCUGAUGAUUCUUCAGAAAAGGAGACCCCGAGAGGCCCUCAGGCAGCAGGUGAUGAGACAGUGACUGAGAACGAGGAGCAGAAUCCUCAGCAGGAAGAUCCUGAGCGAGUGGAACCACAGCGAACAGUAUCGGGAAGAGAUGAAGGUGGUGUUUCCAUGAGUCCUGAGCUGGGAGAAGCCCGGGAGAAUCACCCUUAUAAAUGCCCUGACUGUGGGAAAAGCUUCCGAUGGAGCUGCCGCUUCACUGAACAUCAGAGAAUCCAUACAGGGGAGAAAACCUCUAUCUGUGCUGACUGCGGGGAGAGCUUCAGUCGUUACUCAAACUUCACGAGGCACCGCAGGAUCCAUACUGGAGAGAAACCCUACAUCUGUCCCGACUGUGGGAAAAACUUCGGUCGCACUUCUGACCUCAUUAUACACCAGAGAUUGCAUACGGGAGAGAGACCCUUCAAAUGCCCUCAGUGUGGGAAAAGCUUCAGCCGCAGCUCGUACCUCAUUCCUCACCAGAGGACACACACAGGAGAGAGGCCCUAUAAAUGCCCCGUCUGUGGGAAGAGCUUCAACCUGAGCUCAAACCUUAUCAGGCAUCAGAGGAUCCACACAGGAGAAAAACCCUAUAGAUGCCCUGACUGUGGGAAAAGCUUCUAUCUGAGCUUACACCUCAUUAGGCACCAAAGAGUCCAUAUUGAAAGAAAAUCCUAUGACUGCCCCGACUGCGGGAAAAAGUUCAUUCGGAGCUCAGCCCUGAUUACACACCACAGACUCCACACGGGAGAGAGACCCUAUAAAUGCGCCAACUGUGGGAAAAGCUUUGGCAUGAGCUCAGACCUGAUCAGACACCAGAGAUCCCACACGGGCGAGAGACCCUACAGAUGUGGUGAAUGUGGGAAAAGCUUCAGUGUGAGCUCCAAGCUCAUCAGACAUCAGGGAACACAUGUGACAGAGAAACCUUUCCGUUGUCCCAAAUGUGGGGAAGGCUUCGCCACCAGCUCCAAACUCGUUAAACAUCAGAAACACCACCUGGAACAGAAACCCUACAAAUGUGGGGACUGCUGGAAAAGCUAUAGCCACAGUUCUGAACUCCUCAGGCAUCAGCGAGCCCACACUGGAGAGAGACCCUAUAAGUGCCCCGACUGUGGGAAAGGGUUUAGUCGGAGUUCGCACCUUAUCAGGCAUCAGAAAAUCCACAGGAGAUAGGCAUGGGUCCUGGUCCUUCCUCUAGGGCUUUUCAAACAAAUUUAGUUAUAAAUAAUUGGUGGUGUGGAGAUUCAUGUGUGGGAGAGGCACAGACAAGGGUGAAGGGGAAAUGCGGAGGAAGAAAAAUAAGUUUGGGGGCUGGUGAGUCAGUUGUUUGGGGUUUGUGGGGAGGGAACUGGGAUUUUUUUUUUGUCUCAAAAUUUCUUAAAUUUCCCAUGCUCAUUCCACACCCUUUUUCUCUGGCCUGGCAGGAUGUGGAACAUCAGGUGAGAUGGGACUUGAAUUAUGUAAUUCACUAGGGCCAGAGACUAGAUUUUCUUGACUAGGGAAACUGAGGAGCUGCACUGACGCUACACCUAAAGGAAGUGCCGGUCUGAUGCUAUAUGGAGAGGAUGUGAGAUGUGAUACCAUUCCUACUGUCACCUGUGUUUCCAGCACCAGAGUAUGAGAGACAGCAAAUCUGUAAUCGGAGAGGGGGAAAUACCACAGACUGGCAUAUGAUUUACCCGUGGCUCUCACUGCUGCAAGAGCAGGCAGAUCUGUAGUGUAUCCUUACAGCACCAUAGCACAGACUGGAAAUCUGCAUUGUAACAUCCAGUGGAGCUGGACAAUUCAUGUCCAGGCUCUGGAUUUAACCUGGUAUGUAUAUAAAAAUGUGUACACAUGUAUGUAUAUUAUUUCCCAGGUGAAACUUGCAUCAGUGCAAGCUAAUAGCUUCUCAGUGAGUGGCAUCUGUAUCACACAGAGUACAUCCCUAGUUUAAACAUUAGAGUCCCCUUUUGAUGCCAGAUGACUUGUCUUGGGGUACCGAGUUUCACCCAAGGUACCUAGAACCCAAUGACAUAGAAUCAAUGAAUGAUAGUGAGAGCACUGAGACUGGAGAACUCGCUGCACUAGCGUGGCGGGAGGCUCCGUGCACCCGCCCACUCCACCCCAGUGGACAGCCCAAGCAAAAGGCUGUCAUUAUUUUGAACUUUUUUAGUGGCCUUUUCCUUCCCUCCUAUCCUCCUCCCAAACCGCA